AUGCGAACGGCACAGUCUCGUUCUAACUCUUGCGCAACGGGCCGCGGAACAGGCCGGCAGGAUAGCGUUCCAAUAAACGUCAAAAUGGAUCUACUCAGAAAUAUUAAUAUUAUUGUGGUGAUUGCUACAUGCAUAUUACUCCAAGCAGAAGGAGCCGACAAAUAUACUGAUGAGAAAAGACCGUACGAAUUCGGUUUCACCAUUGACGGGCAGCAGCAUAGACACGAAAAGAAAGAUAAGAACGGUAUUAUCAUGGGAGAGUUCGGAUUCAUCACUGCCGAUGAUGUAUAUCAUGUGACAGUGUACGCUACUGAUGAAAAUGGAAGAUUCAAAAUAAUUUCUAUGAAGAACAUACAUUUGAAAUCACAAUCAACAUCGCAAAGACAGGGUCACUCGUUGCAAUUACCAAACACACAAAACGCUAUAGCGUCAACUCAAUCGCCCACCCAAAAACCAGAAAACACCCUCAAAGCUAUAUCUAUAGAACCACCAGCUAAAUCCUGUUCGCAUUGCAGUCUGCCCACAACUUCUACAGUUGCUCCGGCAUCUGCUAUACCAGCAUUUAAUAGUGGUGGAAUUGGCGGCACAAAAUCGGCCGCACAAAAUAAUCAAGUGCCAACUUACAAUGUAAAACAAAACAAUGCUGAUUCACAAUACCCUCAACAAGGAAAUUUCAAAAACUUCCCAGGUCAACAAUUCAAUCCCCAAAAUGUAGGAACCCAACAAACUCCUGACGCACAAAAUAGCCACACAUAUCAAAAUAAUAAACAAACACAAAGAGCUUCUGGAAGCUUCGUACCACUGAGUGGUAGUGGAGGCUCACAAAACGGUUUUAAGCAAACUCCUGUCCAAGCUCUGUCUACAAUAGCGAACCAAGGUGGAGACAAUCCAGAAUACCCAACUGGACUACGGAAUAGCUUUGAUUCCCCACAAGGACAACAAAAUGAAUUCGGUGCUCCACAGGGACAACAAAUCAGCUUUGGUGCACCACAAGGAAAUCAAAAUGGAUUCGGUGCCACACAGGGACAAAAAACCAGUUUUGGGGCCUCACAGGGAAAUCAAAAUGGAUUCGGUGCUCCACAUGUUGCAGCUGAAGGCUUAGGAACUUCCAAAGGAUCAUCUGAUAGUAAUAUUUUCAACAACCAAAAUUCAAAAACACCUAAUUCAUUUAAUCAGGGCUCGGAUGAACAAAGAGGAACACGUAAUGAACAAACGGGUAACAGCGCUGGCGGUACUGCUAAUGAAGGGAUUAAUAGUAUUAACGCAGGUCAAACUACUACUGGAGUUGUUGUAGGAUCUCGUUCACCUAAACUGUACAAUGUAAAACCAGAUCAAUCUUCCAAUGGCCUGAGCCCAAGAGAACAGUCUAGAUUCGGACAAGCCAGUGGCAAUAAAAUUAGACCAGAAAAUGAUCAAUCUAACAACGAGAAACCGACAUUGACAUACGCUCAAAUCCAAAUUGUUGAUAAGAAUACUGACAUUCUCUCCAAACGCCCUGGAGAAAAAGACGGAUUACCUAACGGUCUUACCGAAAACGACAUGGUUCAUCUUCUUUACACGUUCAAUUACACUUUAGGUUUUCAAGCACAUUUUGAAGAAGGAUACUCGAACGGUGUCAAACAAGGAUACUAUUACGUUACAGGACGAAAUGGAAUCAGAACAAGGAUCGAUUACAUAGCAGACGAUAAAGGCUUUAGACCUAAGAUAUCCCAAGAGGUGCUUGAUUUACUGUCUGAAGAUGUACCAAAACCUGAAACAGAAAAAGACGAGAAAUACGGUCUGAAGGGCUAUGAAUUUAAAUGGUUAUAUUAUCCUCUCGAGUCUAAAGCCCGGUAAAACUAAAAAAAUUAUAUCAUAUUAGUUUGUAAGUAAAUCUAAUACUAAGUUAAAAAUACAUCACGAAAGUAUUACAGUAUAUAUAUAUUAGUUUGCUCUAAGAAUAUCUUGUAUUUUAAAAUUGGAUGUUCUUGUAAUUUGAUUUGUAAAGAUUCUAUUUAAUAGCAAUCCUUUAGAUUUUUUUACUAAUUAAAGAUAGUCAAAAUAAAUCAGCAAAACUUAUGUUUGUGUUACACAAUACCGUUUUCAUUUUCGUAAUAUGUGAAUUUAUAUUGAUUUAGAGAAGGUAAGAUAGGAUGGUACCUUUUCUACUUAACGUCUUUAACUAUCGAAAAAACUUUUUGCGGUGAUUGUGUUCAAAUUUUUUUGUAAAGUGUAAUUAUACAGUUUGUGUUACAGUAUUCUAGUUUAUGCUUAGUAAGAAUGAGUAAAUAGACAUUCUGCUAAGUAAUUAAUAACGGUGCUGAAGUUAAAAUACAUAUCCCAUUAUCCAUAUAAUAUAUUAUACCUAUAAAUAAAUUUAAAUAUAAUCCAGCAAAAAUCUUAUUCUAUCUCUAAUCAACAUAUCAUUACUAAUUCUGAAAUAAUAUAUAUUCAUAGAAAUCGAUUUGUACUUAGAUAUUACUGUGUUAUUGGCGUUUAUUAACACAUAAAAUAUUUUUUAGUGAAAAUUUUAACUUAAUUGCAAUGAAAAUCCUUU